AACACACCCGAGCAGCAGCCGGGCGGUGAAGCCACGCCGACACCUGCCGCCGCCGCUACUGCUGCUGAAAAAAACGGCAGCAGCAGCAGCAGCGGCGGCGGCGGCGGCGGCAGCGAGGUUGAGCCGCCCAUCAUUCACGCGCAUCGCCUGGGGUGUGUUCUACACGUCCUGCACAUCUCUAUCACUGCGGGCAUGACUAGUGUGUACUUCAUGGGCCCGCUUGGUAAGGGUUCCUGGCAUGAGUGGGAGCGCGACCAUGUUUUCUCCCUUCUUGGUAUGGUUUGGUACAACACAAGCCGCUCGGAAUCCUCGAACGCCAAUUUUCAGCGGUGGAAGAGGGUAGUGCAGCAGCAGUUCCCGGACGCGAAGCCAUGGCUCAUCAAGUUCGUCAGACCUGCCGAGACGCGUUGGAUGGUGGUUAUGGACGGGGCCAAGCUCCUGUGUAAACGCUGGGAGCAGGUUGAGUGGCUUUUUUGCGAGUACGCUGCUCGCAACCUCAACAAGACCACAUUCAGGAACUACUGGCUCCAAUCGGCGUACAUGCUGCGAGACCCUCUGGUUCGUGUGCAUGUUAUGUUCACGGCAAGGCUCGGGGAGCUGUUGUUCGACUGGGCGUACAACUGGAUUCGUGGCAAGGGCGGGUUCUUUUUGAAGGGCGAAGGGGUCGGUCGGCAGCUGUUUCCUGGGAUGCGUUUGGUGGAGGUGGCUGAUUUCUCUCGCCUGCUGCUGGUCAAGUUGGAGACUAUCCGCAAGGACCCCAAGACCUACUUCGCAGCGGUCCUGGAACGCGUUCAAACAACCCUAUCUGAAGCGAUGGCGAAAUUAUUCAUGACAAACUUCAGUGAGGACAAGGGUUUUUUUGCCGAGUUCAAGCAGCGAUGGAUCAAGUGGAUGGAGCGGCAUCAGCAGCUACCUCUGAGCAUGGCGCGGAUUGGAUGCCCCUCGUUUUUCGCUCGGACAGGAAUCAUGGGGGAAGGGGCUGUAGAGCAGGCGGUGGGGCCGGAGUUUGCGCGUGCCUUCCUUCAUGUAGCUUGGUCUGCUCUAUACGAGGGAGAGCCGCGCACGGAAAGGGAGAGGGAAUACCGAACGCAGCUCGUGAAGGAUUUGGGGGGAACCACCGAUGCAAGAAGGAAAGAUGAGUUGACGUUCGGGCUGUUUUCACGCAUUGAUAGCGACCGUUCUGUGAGGAACGAACUCGAGCAGUAUGCGAAUUCUGGGUGGGGUGACAAGGAGGUUGACCAGGGUGCACCAAAGGGUACGUCAGCGUUGGCGCGUCUGUUCGAUUUUCCCCUCCUGUACAAGUUGGUGUGUCACCGAUUCUACUUUGUUCCCAUUCACCAGCAGUUGAUCGAAGCCUUCUUUUCGAAGUUCGACUCAUGCGCACAGAAGACGGACAUGGCUGAGAUGGAUAUUGUUCGUGUUGGGGGGUGGAAGUCAGCCGAGUCUAGAGAUAUCGUGUGCGCAGAUGCGACGGGCGAAAAAAUCCGUGCCGCUGGCAAAAAGGUUUUGGAGAAGGCAAGGGAAGCAAAGGCUGUCUCCCACGCACGAAAACCGGCCGAAAACUUGAGCAGAAAAAGAGUAUUGGAACCGGAAGCUGCAGAUGAUUUGCUGGUUACGUUAGAGAAGGAAGGGAAUCGGCGGCCGCGGGUGACCGCAGCAGAAUUAGAGUCGGAGUAAAUGUGGACGGCGGUUGAGUGACGUUGCUUUCAAGUCGGAAAAAAAUCGUCGGAAAAAAAUCGUCGGAAAAAAAUC